AUGCGAGAGAGUGAUCGGUUUGUAAAUGAAGCCAUCACCCACUCUCGACUCAUUCACAAGAACAUUGUUAGGCUCAUAGGUUGUUGCGUGGAAGUUGACAACCCAAUGCUAGUCUAUGAGUUCUUCUCCAAAGAUAGCCUCCAUGAAAUUCUUCACAGCAACAAGAGGGUGCCUCUCAACUUGGCUGUGCGUUUAAGUAUUGCUGCACAAUCAGCAGGUGCUAUAGCUUAUAUGCAUUCAGCACUUGACAAACAAUUCUUACAUGGUGAUGUUAAGUCAGCAAAUAUACUCUUGGAUGACCAGUUUGUGCCGAAGAUCUCAAACUUUGGUAUAUCAAGCUUCGUUGCGCUAGACUGCAACCUCACCAGGAUGGUCACUGGUGACAUGUCCUAUAUGGAUCCGGUAUACCUACAUACAGGUGUGCUGACUGAACAAAAUGAUGUCUACAAUUUUGGGGUUGUCAUGUUGGAGCUUCUAACUAGGAGGGGGGGCUCAAUUUUGAAUUUAAUAAACGAUUUCUUUGAGAAUCACAAGCAGGGUUGGAAAGCAGCUGAGUUGUUUGAUAAGGAAAUUGUGACCACAGAAGAUUUGGAGCUGCUUCACAAUCUGGCAGAAAUUGUUGUGGAAUGCCUUGACCGUGAUGUGCGCCGAAGACCGACAAUGGUAGAUGUUGCAGAGCGCCUUUCCAUACUGAAUCAAUCCCGUUGA